GUCCCUCCCCCGGAGCCGCCCAGGCGCCUCCCUCCCUGCCUGCCUGCCUGCCUGCCUGGGCCGCCGCCGCGGUGAGUCACGACGGAGGAGGCGGCCGCACCGCCCGGCUCCGCUGCGCCCCGCUCGGCCCGGCGCCUCUCGGCCCGGCUCCGCUCGGCACCGCCGCCCGCCCGCGCUGAGCGCCCGCCGCCGCCCGGGGCCCGCGGCCCCUCGCAGGGCAGUUUCCUCAUACUUUUUUUCCAGCUCUGAUCAUUAAUCUGGACUGAACACUUGGAUUAUCUGAUCUUGUGUGGUUUUUAGAAGCAGGAAGUCCAGGAGCUGGCAGGAGGGGAAUGAACCGUGAGGGUGUCCCCGGAAAGAGUCCGGAGGAGAUGUAUAUUCAGCAGAAAGUGAGAGUCCUACUCAUGCUGAGGAAGAUGGGAUCAAAUCUGACUGCUAGUGAAGAGGAGUUCUUGCGCACAUAUGCGGGUGUAGUGAAUAGCCAACUUAGCCAGCUUCCUCAGCACUCAAUUGAUCAGGGUGCUGAGGAUGUUGUGAUGGCAUUUUCCAGAUCAGAGACAGAAGAUAGAAGACAGUAACUACAGGGUACCUGAACAACACAGAACUGGAGAGGACAGUGAGAUUCCUGAAGAUAAAGGAGGAUGGCUGAGCAUUAAUAAGUUCCUCUGCCCACCCUAGUUUUUCCAUAGUAGUCCUUUUCUUUUUUUAGUUAUGCUUCCCUUUGCCCAACCCUCAGAAUGCAUCUCUCAGCCAUCUGUUCCUAUACGUUGUUGCUACUCAGCUGGGCUGUGUUAAUUAAGGACAAACCUAAAGAUGUAUUUUUGAUUGGCUCAAAGGGACAGACUGUUAUUGGCUAAAGGAAGACAAUUUUUUAAACUUGACCAAUGGAAACCUUUUAUUUCUCAUUUUAUUUCGUAUUUUAAAAUAAGUCUCUUGACAUCCUACUUCUAGAGAAGCUUUUCAUGCUGUGGUGCUUAUUUAGGUCAGACGUGUGAAUUUGAAGAGAGCUUGAUUGGCUGCAUAGAACUGGAAGCAAGUUGCGAUUGGCUGACAAUGCAAAUGCUUUCUCCUCAGUUGGCUUGCAGGUAUUUUGCUGACAUCAACAUUUUCAUUGCAAAAAGCUGAUGUUUUGGUGCGUUGGUUAUUACUUUAUACUUAUUGACUUGGAAAAAGACAAAUGUGCUUUGCAGUAUUUAUUACAUCUAUGCACACAUAUACAUGCUUGCUUUGGGAGUUUGUUUUGGUUUUGUUUGGCUUUGAAAUCAUGUUUUUAAUUUCCUGUUGGCUGCAGUGUUUCCAGUGCAAUCAUUUUUUUCCAUACUCAUCUGCUCUGUGGCCUCAAGCUCUUUUGGGAGCGUGUGUUGAAAGCCUAUUUACUUCAAUAAGUCUACCUGUUUCAGCUGGAACUUGGAGAUCACUAGCCCUUCUGUGCUUCUCUGUGGGCUGUACUAUGAACUCCUGGAAAAUCUGGUCAUUCAGGUGGCUUCUCUCUUUGCUUCUGACAGGGGAGCUGUAGAUAUUUUGCAGGAAUUGCAAGAAUGAGAUCUAUGGCUAUGACAUGAAUUUGCCAAAUUUGUAUAGAGAAUAUGUGAACUGCUUCAAAUACUACAUAUAGUUCCACUUUAACCCUUUAAUUGCUGCAUAAGACUUAGCUCUCAUAUAAGGGAAAAUUAAUAACCAUUAGCUUAAAUUCAAGUUUCACUGGGCUUUAAUAAACUAAGUUCCUAAUCACUUGAAAAAUUAUAUGUGGUUUGGCUCCCUGCAACAGUUCAGUGAGAUGGAAUUUAUCUUGAUCCUAAGAUAAUACCAUUUUCUUUAGGCACUGGUCCAAGAGAGGCAGUAGCACUGCACUAAGCUGUCCAAUCGCAAGUGUACCAGUGACACUUUCAGGUUUAUUCUGGUAGUAAUUGCAGGCCCUUAAAACACAUGUAAGCAUUUACAGACUAAAGAACCUGUGGUGAAACUUCAGGAAGUGCACUGACUGUUCCUGAAUCUGCACACAAAAUAUCAGAAGCCUGAAGUUUCUAGCACUGCUGCCUAAAGCCUAGCACCUCAUUUUCUUUAGUAUGUGCAGGUCAUUUUUACAAUACUUCUAGAUUUUCCUGUGAGUUGCACUGAUUUUAAGAUGUUUCAAAACCUAUUCAAGCAGAACUCCAUUCACCUGUUCCUGGUUCCUUUUAUAUGGUUGUUAAUUUUUUGGAGUAAUAAUUCUGGAAUCUGACUGUGACAACAUGACCAUUUUCAUGGCAAGAAGUUAUGACGAGAAGAUGCUGUCAUGGUCUCAAAGUGGGGAAGAGCUUGAAAGAAACCAAUGGAAUGUAUGCAAGAGAAAGAAGGGACUUGUGAACACGGGGAGGGAAAUUUAUCUUGAACAAGUAAAUAUUGUGUGAUGAGAACAACUGUACAUCUAUUUAUGAAAAAGAUCCUUUUGAUUCAGUUGCAACUUUGUAAAGUUUCAAUGUGAAAAUUAAUCUUUUACCCCUGUUUAUUGGGGCUGGGUGAGAAAUUUCUUUAUUAAAAUGAAACCAGGAAUUAGCCCAAAUGAUCUUUUAAAUUUUGACCUGGUUGCCUAAGAGGCACUUUAAUUUUAACUUUGGUGCAAAGAGGCAGCCCUUAAAGGGUUAAUUUAAGGGGGUACGUGUGUUUCUGGUUGCUGGAUGGAAUGAAUGGGCUGGCUUGUGGUGGCCUGUCAUUGUCAAGCUAACAUGCAUCCUCCCUGUGUAUCUAUGACAUUUCUGAGCUGUUAAAUCUUUUUAAGGAGAAAAGUGAAGUGUUUAUGUGGUUUAAUCUUUUCACUGAAAAUGUAACUGUUGGGGGGGAAAUACAGUUUUUAAUAGCUA